UCCGACGACCGGGGUUUGAGAGAUAUAGAGAGAGAGUCAAUCGAGAUUGAGAUUCAGAGAGAAGGAAUCCAAGGGUAAAUGAUUGGAGAAUGAAGUUCUUGUUUCGAUUAAGUUUCCAUCGUCAAAUUCGGUUUCCGUCUGAUUCUUGUUCUUCAACGACGAAAAUCAAGCUUCUUAUCUUCAAUUUCCUUCCCUCUUUUGACCAAUCCGAAUCUAUCCUCGAGUUCCAUUGAGAAGGCUGCGUGCAGCGCUGAAAUUGAAAUUUGACAUUUCAAUUGAGGACCUCUUCUUGUUCUUUUUUCUGCACUGGAGGUGAGAUUUGUUCGUGUAUUCUGAAAUGGUUUCGUAUUCUUAAGAUUGGCCAAAGGGCUUUUGGAAUCUAGGGAGAAAGAAGGAGAUGGAAUACAAGAGGCGGCAUCAAGGGCCGAUAAGACCUUCAGGUUUUGAAGAAGUAGCUCGGAAUUCUCGGCGCUCUACUCUUCUUGUAUCCAAUGAAGAUGACGAUUUACAUGAUCUUAGUAGCGAUAGUGGCAAUGAUGCUGUCGGAAGUUCGCGGUCAUCAAGCUCCCCACAAUCUCUUGCUGCUAAAGCCAUAAAAGCGUCAUCGGCAUAUAGGGAUUCUUCAGUCUCAUCUGCUUAUGCUGCGCGCUCUGCUUCCCGCGUCCCGAAGCCCACUUCAUCUUCCGCUUCUCCUUCCCCCGCGUCCCAUCAGGAUUCAAAGGCAUAUGAAUAUACAUCAAUGAAAAGUUUGAAUGAAUCUAAACAUGGAUUCUGGGGUGCGUUGGCCAGAAAGGCAAAAGCAAUUCUUGAUGAUGAUAAUGAUGUCCAGCAACCUGAAGCACCUGGAAGAAUGAGGGAGCAAGGACUUGGUACAGGUACCGCUACAAGGGUCAAGAGUUAUGACAGAAGUCGGUCAGAUGAAAGCCAACAAAAAACAGAAAAUUCCUCUUUCCAGAAGGGAUUGGGUGCCAUUACAUCUUCCCUUAACUAUAUUGGCAAUGCUUUUGAGGAAAAGCUUACGGCCGUGGAAAACAAAACAGCUGAUAUUAUUCAAGAAACUCGCAAGCAUAUUAAGAAAAAAUCUGGUGGUUCAGUGGCACAGUAUCAUACACCAAAUUCUGGCUUUAACAUGCAUUCUCAGACACAGCCUCAACCACAGACCCAAAUGCAAACUGGCAUUGAACUUCAGCUGAAGGCAUCUCGCGACGUUGCAAUGGCAAUGGCUGCCAAAGCAAAGCUGCUUCUUCGAGAGUUGAAGACUGUCAAAGCAGAUCUUGCUUUUGCAAAGGAGCGAUGUGCUCAGCUGGAAGAAGAAAGUAAAAUUCUUCGGGAGAAUCGUGAGAGGGGGAACAACCUAGAAGAUGAUGAUUUGAUACGACUCCAACUCGAAACACUUCUGGCAGAGAAGGCUCGUUUGGCUCACGAAAAUUCAGUUUACGCACGCGAGAAUCGGUUUCUAAGGGAAAUUGUUGAAUACCACCAGCUGACCAUGCAGGAUGUUAUAUACCUGGAUGAAGGUACAGAAGAAGUCACCGAAGUUUACCCCAUUAAGCUCCCUGCAGCAUCCAAUCUCAAUGCCGUUUCUCCGUUAACGUCUCAGCCAAUGUCGUCUUCCAACCGAUCUGGUGUAGGGCUUGACAUGAGUUCUCAAAUGACCCAGAUAAUUCCUACUUGCCCUUUACCCCCAUCAGAUCUGAGAGGAAUCUCCUGAAGCUUUGCAUAAACAAACUCUUUUUACAUUUUGAAUAUGCUGGUUGGUUGAUUGCAUGAUGAAACCCAUCCAACCCUAUGAUGCUUUGAUUAGUUUGAUUUGAAUGAUAAAAAAAAAAA